UUACCGCCGAUCCUGACAUAGCGAUUAACGGGCGUGUUCGACUGUGCGUGGCACAGGCAGCUGUCAUAUCCAUCAGCUUUCCGGGAAGCGAGCGGGCCCUAUACUCACUUCCAGGAAGAAAAUGGUGGGCCUCCGCUUGGUCCUUGCCCUGUGCGUUUUGUAUGCCGUGGAACCGGCUGAGCUUACAGACACAGACACCAGAGAUGACGUGGCUGAAGACGAUGGAAUCCAAGUCCUGGAGCAAGUCGUGCACUACCUGAAGCCGAAAAGUCGAAGGUCAAUCGAAGAGGAGACCAGUGACAGAUGCACGGCGAGCGGCUCCUACUGUUCCUGGUGCCGGUGUAAGUGUUGUAGCGGGAGAUGUCUGGAGGACAACACGAUGGGCCUGGGGUUUGCCAGCAGGUGCGUGCCGUGGACUCAGUGUUUGGAGCAGGCGGCCAGAAACGCAAACAUCUACUGCAGACGGACAAGACUGUAACAGAACAUGCUCUCCUAUGACAGUACGUGUGGUGACCACUGAUGUCUUCCUGCAUAUGCAAUACACUGGCCAGAAAUCGAAAGUAACGGUCGCUCGUUAAACGUAGCCUUAGAUAUGUUCCCAUCAGGCGUAAAAUGGAACUCAUUAGUGAAGCAGCGACCCCUGGCGGAAUUACACAAAACCGCCAUGGAACACAAAGUUCUGUCCGACUUAAAAGCUCUCCCACCAUAUCGACUUGCUAGUGCCAACAAGCUCCACUGUGCUCUGACUAUGAUUUAGACAUAGUACCUGACAUUCAGGCCAUUAUAAUUUUGAAGAUGAAAGUUUAACAGUGGAGAAAUAUGUGACUUCUGGUCAUACUGAAAUUAGAAUGUAUUGAACUUAUAGUGCAAUCGUCAUCAUUUCAGCAAUAGUAUCAGGUACAACGAUGACAAAUUCAGAUAGAAAGAUGAUUUCACUGUCUUCGUGACUUAGAGAUUUAUUCAUCUCGAAUAGCAAUAGUACCAAAUAUAAUGAUGUCUGUUGAACAAGUCAGACUACGAAAUCUUAGAGAUUUAUCACCCUGUGUGAGGGACAAUGGUGUGAACUGGUUCUAAGAGUUAUUUGACCAAGCAAG